CAUACCACAAAACUGACUAGUUGCAUCGCUGGACCAUCACUUGUGAAUUUCUGCUUUCCAGAGCUCUUAUUCCUGCAGAGAACGAGUUUGAGCCUCAUGGAAGAUAUGCCUUUAAGCCAUUCAGGUCCUCAAGGGACACACAGAUCAUCCUGGAAGCAAUGGUGCCUCUACUCAGUGAUAGCUCCUUUGCUGUUGCUUUUCUCCUUCAGUACAUUAAUUCUCACUUUUCUUCCACUCAAGACUGCCAGUGAACCCUGCAUAGCUAAGUUCGGACCAUCCCCUUUAAAAUGGCAAAUGACAUGUCCUAAGUUACCUUGUGUGAAUAAGACAGCGGAUGAGAAACUGGAAAUACUUCAGAAUGGCUUGUAUCUCAUUUAUGGCCAAGUGGCUCCCAACACAACCUACAAGGAACCAGCUCCUUUUGCGGUGCGGCUACGUAAAAAUGAAGACAUCAUACAAGCUCUAACAAACAACUCUAAACUUCAGAAUGUAGGAGGGACUUACGAAUUGCACGCUGGGGAUAUUCUAGAACUGAUGUACAACUCUGACCAUCAGGUUCUAAAAAACCACACAUACUGGGGGGUCGUGCUGCUGGCAAAUCCGCAGUACAACCCCUAGAGACUCCUUUUGGCCUCCGCA